UUCCGAGAGAGGCGCUGGCGCCUCGCGCGGCGGAGCGGGGAUCGGCGCGCGUCUCGCAGGGGGGGGCGGCCGCGAAGACUGCGAAGCCGCCCGAUCUGUCCUUCGAACGACCCCGAACCAGUGGGAGCACGACGGCGACCGGGGAGAUGUCGCCGGUGGCGACGGCCGUGCCCUGCUAGAGCGAGGAGGAUGAGCGGCGGCCGCUUCGACUUCGACGAUGGCGGCACCUACUGCGGCGGCUGGGAGGACGGCAAGGCGCACGGCCACGGCGUCUGCACGGGCCCCAAGGGCCAGGGCGAGUACUGCGGCUCGUGGCACUACGGCUUCGAGGUGUCCGGCGUCUACACGUGGCCCUCAGGCAGUGGCUACGAGGGUCAGUGGCAAAACGGGAAGCGCCACGGCUUGGGCGUCGAAACGCGCGGCCGCUGGCGCUACCGCGGCGAGUGGACGCAGGGCUUCAAGGGCCGCUACGGCGUGCGCCAGUCGCUCAUCUCCGGCGCCAAGUACGAGGGCACCUGGGCCAACGGCCUCCAGGACGGCUACGGCUCCGAGACGUACGCCGACGGAGGCACCUACCAGGGCCAGUGGCUGCGCGGCACGCGGCAUGGCUACGGCGUCCGGUCGAGCGCCCCCUUCGGACUGGCGGCGCACAACCGGAAUCCGGGCUCCGGUGGCAAAGUCGAGGUUCGCACCUCGCAGACGUCGCUGGACAGCAGCAGCCACCCCGUGGACCCGGCCUCCGAGAGGGACCGCAAGAUCGACGACUGCCGCGGCGGCUUCGUGCUCAAGGCGCGAAGCGACGAGCCUCCGCAGCGUCGUCGCUCGCUGGUCGAGAAGUCGUCCAACUUCAAAAAGUCCAUCCUCCAGGGCCUCCGAAUCAAGAAGCAGCACAGCACAGGCGACAUCGAUAAGCGGGGUGUGAGCUCGGGCUCGUCGCUGCGUUCGUCGGGCUCGAAUAUGAGCUCGGCCAGCUCUGAGUCUGCCCAGUCUGGGCUCACAGAAGCGCACACCGAUUCAAACGCCUCCUUCGUGUCACAAGAGGACAUGACAGACCAGAACGUCAUGGAGACGUACAUGGGCGAGUGGAAGAACGACCGACGCUCGGGCUACGGCAUCGCCGAGCGCUCGGAUGGCCUCAAGUACGAGGGCGAGUGGUACAACAACAAGAAGUACGGCUACGGCGUCACCACCUUCAAGGAUGGCGCCCGGGAAGAGGGCAAGUACAAGAACAACCUGCUGGUCACGUCGGGCAAGAAGAAGCACCUAUUCUUGCUGCGCUCGGCCAAGUUCCGCGAGCGAGUCGAGGCCGCCGUCGCAGCCGCCCUGCGGGCCUCGCAGAUCGCGCUGCAGAAAGCCGACAUCGCCAUCUCCAGGACGGCAACGGCAAGGGGCAAGGCUGAGCAGGCAGAUGUUGCAGCCCUGCAUGCCAAGGACGAUGCAGAGGUGGCACGCAGUGUUUCGAAGCAGUUCGCUCCGGAGCUUUACACACCAGUGGACCUGCUGAAGAAGUUAGCAGAGGUUCCAGAUUUGGCCAAGCUCCGCGUAGGUGCCGGCGGCGCGACGCCGCAGCGCAGGCGCUCGUUGUUCCAGCCGACACGUGCCCAGGAACUGACGGCGCCGCAGCUGGACGCGGCUCAGCAGCAACUCCUCAACGCCCUCACCAAGGCUCACCAGCAGCAGAGUAACAAACCGGCCGGGUCGCGCCAGGGCACUCCGCCCGUGGCCAACGCCAAGCCGGCGCCGCCGCUGCAGCCGCCGCCACAGGCGCCCGUGCAGCACGCGCAGCCCGUGUCGCUGCCGCAGCAGUUGCCACAGCGCGUCGAAGACACCAUGCCUCAGGUGCCCGGCGCGCCGGAGCCACCGCCGCGCACGCCGCACGGCUCGCUGCACGGCCGGCAGACACAACGCGACGGCUACUCUUUCCAGCAGGCGAUGAACGACCACUUCGAACAGUACCGGCGCGAGCGGCCGCCAUCGCGCACGCCGCCGCACCACAAAGCUGACCAGCAGCUGCCGCCGCUGACGGCCAUCUACGGCGGCGCCGACUGUACGCCGGACUCUGGCGUCUCCGAGUCCAUGGACGGCGACUCGUCGCCGACGCGAGUGCCAGGUGGAGGCGGCGGCGGCCGGCGCUCGACGUUGCCCAACAUGCCACCAGACGAGGGCAGUCACCACCGGGCGGCUAGCCUGUACGUGGCGGCGCCUCGGCGUCGGCUGGCCGCGCCGGCACCCGCCGAGGCGCUAACGCGCAAGAAGAGUCUUCCCAACAUCGCCGACGCCGCGGCUGCCGCGCCGCCCUUCAUGUCGCGCGAGGAGGUGUCCGUCCUCAGCUCCCAGCGCAGGGACGAGCUGCGCAGGAUGCAGGAGCAGGCGCACAGGCUGCGCACCAACCCGCUGCUAUACCUCUUCAAUUCCGACGUCAAGGAUUGGUUCUCGAGGCAGCAGCUGGUGAUGCUCGUGCUGUUCAUAAACAUCAGCCUGGCCAUCAUGUUUUUCAAGCUGCUGACGUAGCCGUUCCCUUUGGGAGCAGCUGGACUCGGACCCCGUGUGUGUCUCCGGCGUGCCGGUCGCGUGGCCCGUGUGCCGGCGGCGCCCGUCAGUCCCCCUGCCCCGGACUCCUGCUCCGUGACCUGCACCGGGUGCAUGGACUUCGCCUUGUUAGCCACGGCACGGGCCUGCGGCGGCCGGCGGUGGUUGUUCAUGUUGCUGGCUGGUUGACGACGACCGACAACAACACAUAAUCUUUCCCUCUCUGCAACGUACCUCACUGUCAUGCACUUGUCAGCUUUCUGCUCAAUUCUCUCGCGUUCCACCAGCGGCGUGCACGGCAGCGAGAGCGCCGGUUUGUGUACGCGCAGCCUCGAGCGAAGUACAGUACACCCACCGGUUGUGCCACACCAAUUUCCCGCGCAAUCCGAGCGGGCUCGCCCGUACGGCCGGCGCCGCAGAAUUCAAAUCGUCGAGUCGCUUUUUGAGGGCGAGGAGAUACAAGGCGCCCGAAAAGAGAGAGAGAGAGAGAAAAACGUUUCCCGACUCCUUCGGCCGAGCCGUCAGGUUGUAUAGAAGCGCAUAAAGCAGCUUGUUGCCACGUUCUUUCCAGAUUCGCCUCGUAGCUCCAUGCACGGUGCUUGCCCUCGUUCGCUUUGUCUCAGGUGGCCGCGAUUUGCAGCUCACGGUAUCGUGCCCCGGAUACACGCCCUGUAACGCCGGAGCAGAUUACAAUUCCCACCAGACGCUGCAUAACAAGUGUCUGCUACAUCCUGUUCUCGUCUAAGCACUGUCACUUCUCGAUUUCUCGCUUAAGCGGUGUGGUUGGCGAAGGAGCGUGCAGCAGGCGAGUCUCAACUGUGAAACCAAAAUACAACUCCAGGCCCAGGAUGGCGUGAACCCCCUGCCAGCUCUCGCCUGUCCUUUCUUCCCAUAACGUGCUAUUUCGCUCUUCUUCCUUUUAAUGCAUGGUGUACGAAUACCUAAUGCACAAUCGCACCAUCAUCUGUAACCUGCAGCAGGCACCAGUCUCAUGUUUUUACAGCAGAUAAGCAAGCAGACGCCAUGUCAUGCUCUCUCUUUUUUUUUUUAUUUCAGUAAUUCGCCAAGCCCUUGACUAAGCGUAUUGUCGGUGAAUAUUGCAUUUGGUGUUUCAUACUACUAGCCCGCACCGCGCCAGCGGCGAGGCAUACGUUUCAUCGCCAUGUCUCAGAGCCCUACUACAAAACUUGACGUGAAUCAUGCAUUUUUUCUUCGUACAUACACACACCUGCCUGCGCGAAGAAACCGGCUAGUGGCUUCUGUUCGUGCUGUGCACUAUAUUUAUCUUAGAGUACAUCUUUCAAGGUGAUCACGUGUCAAGCGAGUGAAUGAGAAGCGUACCUUUAGAAGGUCACGAGCAUACGAACACGAGGUGAUGUUUUGCCCCGGGUGAUACGCAUUUUUAAAACGUGCAAACACAAGUGCACGCAAAACGUAGACCUAGCAUUGAUAUAUAUAUAUAAUAUAUAUAUACAUAUAUAUAAAACAACAAUCUGUGGUUGUUCUUAGUUGUGCUGUGUGCCCUUUCUACGGGCCUCCUCUUACAUCUGUUUCUUUUCCUGUUUCUUUCAGGUUAGACUUUUGCAUGUUAUAGCUCAAGUAAAGCGCAUUCACAGAGUUUGUGAUGGUUUCAGACCGGCACACUAGUGCCCUACUCCAGUGUUAGCCGUAGCGCAUCGCUAGGAUGCACAGCAUGGUGGGCCGUGUUUCGCACAACCGAACAACUUUGGUUCGGAAGCACACCUGUCUACGCGCUUCCAAUUAGGUGCUCGUUUUCUCUAUAGUAGCACGCUCAUGAGUCGCUUUCUUGCGGUGCGGCGUUGUACGGUGAAAGGCUGCCGUUUGUUCUUGUCUGUUGCCACGUUUCACUUGGAUGAAGAAGCAGGGCGUUGUUUGUUGCGAACGCGUUGUUGUCGUUUCAUGUCGGCUGGAUCUUGGCUGAGAUUAGGCCGCUGGGAUUGGCGAGGUUGAAGGGACAGCAGCAGCUUGACAGUUGCACCUCUCCGGCAUGUUCACGAUCUCUAGGAGCUAGAAGUUUUUGUUACGUGUAUCGGCACGCACGGCAUUGGUGUUAAGAGAGGCAGCUAUAUACUACAGUUGAAGAGCAGUGCAUACAAUCCCGAUGCGUGAGUUUCCCCGCCGUAAGGGGACGCGAUCAUCUAGGGCGCCGGGCUCUUCUCUUUGGGAUGUGCCAGUGCCGUGUGGCAACAUAUCCGUUAGCGCGGCCGACAUGUUCGAGUCGCUUGUUGAAAAGCAAUCAGGAAGGCGGGACGUAGUAGGGGCACUUCACACGCUUGAAGAGCCUGUCACAAGCCAUCGUUCGCAUGCCGCGGCCAGCCAGAAAUGGAUCUGUUCAAAAGGUGUAUUUUGGUGCCCUCUGGUUGCUGUCAUAUUUUUCUUUUUCGAAAUCCUAUUUUUCUUCGGCCUGCGCUGUUGCCGGCCUUUCAUACGCGCACACCGAUAAAGCACGAUGUUCGCCAGUCUUCUAUCCGGGAACCUCGACAACGCUACAGUGCUACGUGGUGGCGCUGUGCAAAGCAGCUUUCAUGACAGCAUGUACUGCAGCACCAUUAGUGCCUCGAUUUCUAGUUGUAGCGAUACUGUAGCGUUAGUUCGACUUCGGAUUGACCUAUUUUUGCGCCCAUACUUCAGUCGUGUCUAAUUCUUCUUUCCGACAUAAACGCGAUUAUACUCGAAUCUUUAUAGAUAUUUUAGAAACUUCGUUUUCGAUGUUUGGGAUCGACGAUCAAUGCUACAACACUGUUUAUAACCUCUAUCUCUUGCCACUUACUUUGGGAAUCAAUAUUGUCCACUGCCGUGGAUUGACAGAACACAUGUCACGGUUUGUUUGUGAAUCUCGCUUUGUUUACUCUCUCUACUGGUUGUCAAAAUUUCACUUCUCUUAUUAAACCAUUUUCUUCUGUUCUCACCGCAUACGCGUGGUGCACUUUACACCCUGCCGGAAGUUGUGUGUUGUGAAAAAGUUACGGAGUAUACCAUAGAGAUUUGUUGUGUAGCGAAGGAAAACGCGGUUUCAUCUUGCCGCGUAGAUUCUCAGUAGGCACAGAGGGAACUUUGUCUAGUCGCGCUUUGAUUUCUUGUGGAUCACUCCGUUCAAUAGCACAGGAACUUGUGCUUGUCGUCUAGUCAUUCGGCGUUGCGGCCGCACCUUAGUCGCUGCAGAUGGUCAACGCUGCUUGUGCACGCAAAAAAGCUACUGGGCAAACUGAAGUCACACGAGAUUCUUGAGAUAUCAAAAUAGUGCCACGAAGUCUUUCCGAGGCGUAUGGGACACUGAGUUUUCGGAGACCAAGUUGCAAUAUAAGUGAACAUUCGCAAUCGCCUUCAGGAUUUGGUUGUAACAUAACUAGGCUCACUCGCGUACAAUACCUAUCACGAUUACAAUACUAUCACGAUUAUACCUGGCAGUUAUUGGGACAGCUACUUUGUCAGUGAUAUUUCACGUGCAACGCUGAAGUACCAAUACCAAUGUCGAAUAUUUCAAGUAAUUUAUUGUGUACUGCGCUGAUUCAUUACUGAUAAAACCACUCACGGAUGCACGAGGAAUUUUUUUGCUUCAACUCCAAAUGCCAUGUUUUCCAAGGCAAUACUUGUUGGCAUUGGAUACUAACCUACAUAAGGGACCGUGCAAAUCACAGAAAUCAAUAAAUAAAAUUUACGUGGCAGACGAAGGUGUAAGGAGCUGCCUCGGGAACGACACUGUUCCGUUUACAAAUCACUUAAGGUGUAAAAUUAAUGCCACAGAAAUCUUUAAUAUAAACGGUAUCAUAUACGAAACGCUCACGUGAGUUGUUGGCAGAAAUGUAUAUGUUCGCAGCUCAGAGAAUUUGCCAUCCGGGUGGCUCCGAGCGUUAAAUUUUUGCGUGCCCACCGCAAAACAAAACAGCCAUUCUUGUUGCCCAAACACUUUUUGUUUACUCUUAUUCCUCAAGAUAUUGUUAUGUUAGGACGACACGUAAGCAUUUUAUAAUGUUUCGACCAUGUCGUUUGUUAUUUACACAAAACUGCCUUCUUCUUUUGUUCUUUUUUUUUUCUUUUUUGCCUUAAUCGAAAGUAUUUGUACGGUUGUUGACGGGAGUUCGACACCGGAAUGUGUACGCCACAGUUUAAUUAGCCAGAGAGAAAUAUGUGGUAUGACACUUUUUGCAGCAUUGCUGGCUGGCUUGCCCAACCGUCUCCUAUAUGGGCUCUUGUGCCGUACGUUUUCCCGCCGUCGUCGAAGAUAUUUUACGCGCAUGUAUUUUUGUGCAGGCGAUUGCAUCCCCACCACUCGCUCUAUUAGGGUACAGUGAAUGGAGUGACGCAAUGGAAAAGCGUUUUUUGCCUGGCACCACUCCGUGCAGCUGUCUAUUCCCGUCGCACGUUUUUUCUUCCUGCGCCCGAUUCCCUUUGCACUGUAAAUGGCAUGAAUUCCGCCGACCAUCCGCAAAGCAGUUUAGCUACGUGUAAGACUGUCCUGUUACCCGGAGAGGUUUUACCUGGUGGCCAAUAUCGCUUAGCUUCCUACACCAGCUGCAUCGCUGGCUACGCGAGUUACAGAGCUCAGAUAACUGCUACAUGUUGGACGGCCUAAUUCCGUGCACACGCACAAGCAUUUCCUCUUCUUUUUUUCUUCUUCUUCCUCGUGCUCCUUUUUGGGCGGUGACGGGAGGUUUCCUAUGAUGUGGCUCCACCGCGCUGUGGUCGUAACAACACGAUGCGUCUCACUUCUUCUACGUUGGCAGCGGCCCCUUUUUGCGUGAGUGAUCAUAAGCCCGUUGUUCCAGGCUGUACGGACCCGACCCCUGUGACGCAUAGAGUUCACUGAGUGUGGUAAGUGAAUGCAAAGGAGCUUCCGUUCGAUCGCAGCACCUUUUGCGGGAACGUGAGUUCGUGUCUGGGAUAACGGGAUUGUGACAGUUGUGUUGUCUUCUGUAUUCCCCAAACUUUACUAUGCUCUUUUUGAAGGCCGAGCACGACAAGAAAAAAAAAAUAAUUAAAAGAGAGCUCUCGUUUUGAACUGCACAAACUAUUUGAAUUUCCUAGUCUUUCGUAUUUCCUUGGUCUUUUUUUUUAAAGUCAGCUAUUUAUCAAAGUUGAACGGAACUUCUUCCCUUUACUUACGAUGUUGUGUUCUGAUAUUUUGUGAGCAGCGGUUGUGCCUAUGCCUCUUGCAGUUAUUCUUUGUUGCCGUUCGUGACCACCCGUUCUUUGCCUUCAAGACACAGCGAUGUGACGUGAACACAUUCUGAAAUAAAAUCUUUUAUAGUGACA